UAGGCCUAUAUAUAUAUUCUUAAAGUUCCUCGAGUGAACCACACAGUCUUUAAAUUAAACAAAAGGUGGCGCUGCUAUCUUGAUAAAAGCUGCACAUGAACACCAUGACAGUAAUUCUCUGUCAUCAGAGCAGAUCGUGAAACAACCGCACAGCUCCGUGGUGCUGAAACUCCACUACGAAAACGCAGUUUUCCUUUUAUUGCACCGAAGAAUCAUUGGGAUUAACGCUGCAUGAAUAUGUUUGGGAUGAAGGACUUUACACCAACAUUACAUAUCACUGCAAACGUACAAUUUAUCGUUUGAAGUGCGGUGAAUCCAAAACAACAAUGGGGUCCUUUGUAACAAUGCACUCUUGCAAAAGGUACGUGCUGCUCGUUAUUAUUCUUUCUUUCGUUCGUAACGUUUCGACUUCAGUGACUCAUUAUUCAAUACCGGAGGAGAUGAAAGAAGGAUCAGUUGUAGCAAACCUUGCUACCGAUCUCAGCCUGGAUGUUAAAACACUGAAUCAGAGGAAGAUGCGUAUUGACCUCAUCGCCAACAAAAAAUAUUUGGAUGUGAACAAAGAGACUGGAGAACUUUAUGUUGUGGAGAAAAUUGAUAGGGAAUAUCUCUGCACAAAAACGCUGACAUUAUGCUAUUUGAAAAUGGAAGUUAUACUUGAAAAUCCUUUGCGAAUAUUUAACAUAGAACUAGAAAUUUUGGAUAUGAACGACAACGCCCCUCAGUUUCGAAGAGACGCCAUACAUUUAGAUAUAUCUGAAGCAACGCCAAAAGGAGAGAGAUUCUCUCUCAGCAAUGCAGUUGAUCCUGAUGUUGGAACUAAUUCAGUAAAAACUUACCAUCUAAGUGAAACAGAACAUUUUGAUAUUGAAAUUCAGGCUGGCAGAGAUGGGUCGAAAUUUGCCGAUUUGAUAUUGAAAAAGACUUUAGAUCGAGAGCAGCAGGCUAUUUAUAAUUUAAUUCUCACAGCUGUAGAUGGAGGUACACCUGCACGUUCUGGCACUGCAAGUGUUAUAGUGCACGUUUUAGACACCAACGAUAAUGCACCUGCUUUUGACAAACUAAUAUAUAGUGUUAACAUAAUGGAAAAUUCUCCCAUUGGAAGCCUUGUUGUUCAUCUGAAUGCAACAGACUUAGAUGAAGGAUCAAACUCUGAUGUAACAUACUCAUACAGUUUAUACACGUCAGAGAAAACUCAAGAAACAUUUAAUCUGAAUCCUUCCACUGGUGAAAUUACUGUUAAAGGAAUGUUAAAUUAUGAAGAUUUCAAGAUUUAUGAUAUGGAAGUUAUAGCAACUGAUAAAGGAGCCAGUGCAUCAUCAGGACAAUGUACUAUACAAGUUCUGGUUGAAGACAUGAAUGAUAACCAUCCAGAAAUAUCUAUUAAAUCAUUUCAGAGUCCAGUCAAUGAAAACACAGAAGUAGACACAGUGAUAGCAGUAGUUAGUGUCAGUGAUAAAGACUCAGGUGACAAUGGAGUGGUUGAUCUUCAUAUUCCAGAUAACAUGCCUUUCAAACUGAGGGAAUCCUCUGAUAACUAUUAUGAAUUAGUCGUGUCAGAGCCGUUAGACCGUGAGAAGGUUCCAGAAUAUGACAUCACCUUCACUGUGACAGACAGAGGUUCUCCUCCUUUAUCUGACAAUGAAACUAUGACGUUAGAACUGCUGGAUGUGAAUGACAAUGUUCCACAGUUCCCUCUGUCAUUUUAUACUAUACGUGUGAUGGAGAAUAACGCACCUGGAGCCCUGCUCAGUUCCCUCACUGCGUUUGACCCCGACCUCCAUGAAAACCAGUAUCUAGUUUAUUUCAUCCUGGAGAAGGAGAUAGCCAACACCUCCAUGUCCAUGCUGUUCUCCAUCAAUCCAGAGAACGGUAAUCUUUACGCACUAAAAACUUUUGACUAUGAGAUCGAGAAUGAGUUUCUUUUCCACAUCGAGGCCAGAGACUCUGGCUCUCCUCCACUCAGCAGUAACGUGACGGUCCACAUCAUCAUAGUGGACCAGAACGACAACGCUCCGGUGAUUGUGUCUCCGUGGCGCGCGCACGGCUCGGUGGUGGAGGAAAAGAUCCCCAGAUCCACCGAUAAAGGCUCUCUGGUUUCCAAGGUGAUAGCCUUAGACACAGACUCGGUGCACAACUCUCGGAUUACCUACCAGUUUCUCCAGGUGACUGACGCCACCUUGUUCAGUCUGGACCAAUACAACGGAGAGAUCCGGACUAUGAGGAUGUUCAGCUACAGAGACCCGCGCCACCAGCGACUGGUUGUUGUUGCCAAAGACAACGGGGAGCCCGCUCUCUCUGCUACAGUCACCAUCAAGCUGUCCACAGUGGAGACUGCCGUGAAGGCCUACUCUGACAUGACUGAGGUGCCUCUAGAAUAUGACAUCUUUUCAGACCUAAACCUGUAUCUGGUCAUCGGUCUGGGCUCGGUGUCAUUUCUCCUGCUGAUCACCAUACUGGUCACCAUCGUGCUCAAGUGUCAGAAACCCAAGCACAGCAAAGCGGCUGCUCCCUGCAGGAACAGUGUGAUCAGUGACAGGAACUCCUCCAUCGCAGAUUCCACUCUGGUGUCCAACGAUGCCUACUGGUACAGUCUGUUUCUAGCAGAGACCAGGAAAGGAAAGAUGGUGGUGAGACAGCCUGUGCCAAAGGGCUCCAGAUACAUCGUGUCCAGUUUACCAAGAGGCACAGGACUGACAGACACUAGUGACUCAGCAGCCUCCACCCUGCAGGUGAGAAUACAAUGUAAAAAGUUGUUUAUUUAUUUAUUAUGCAUCAAUAUUAGGUGA